UAGCUUAAGAUAUAAAUGGGCAUCUUUAUAUUUUAGGGAAAUCCAUAUAGACACUGUUAAUAUGGAUGUUUCGAAAGAUAUAAAUUUAAGAGAUAAAAAAUUUGAUGAAAAUGCGUUUAAUUCGCCAAAAAUAUUCAAAAUAAAAGAUAAAAUGAUGCUUGUGCUUACAAAUAAAGAAUCUAAAAACAGAAAGGAAUACAAGUCUACAGCAGAUUUAAGACGUGAAAAAUUAGCAUCAUAUACAGCAUGGAGUUUUGUAGCAAUAGGGUUAGGAGGAGCAUGUUAUAUGGGUCGUAAAUGGACAGAUGAGGAAAUUAAACAGUCUUUAGAUGUAAAAGAGAAGGCAUCUUCUACAUUUUUUGGGAGAUUAAAACAACGAACAUCGUCUUUAUUUAAUUAUUACAAUGAACCAGCAUUUGAUAAACUUCUUCCUGAUCCUCUUCCCGAUCCUUACCAACGACGAUUUACUUUAGUUCUUGAUUUAGAUGAUUUGCUUAUUCAUUCUGAAUGGUCUCGUGAAUAUGGAUGGAGAAUUGCAAAAAGACCUGGUCUGGAUUACUUUUUAUCUUAUCUUAGUCAAUAUUACGAGAUUGUUAUAUUCACUACACAAUAUGCUGCGACUGCUAUACCAAUUAUACAAAAAUUAGAUCCAUAUAGAAGUUCACUUAGUGCAAGUUUAUUUAGAGAGGCUACAAAAUAUGUUAAUGGAAAACUUAUAAAGGAUUUAAGUUAUAUGAAUAGACCUUUAGAUAAAAUUAUCAUGCUUGAUGUUAAUCCGGAUUCCUAUUCUUUUCAUCCAGAUAAUGCUAUUGCCAUGGAGCCAUGGAAAGGAGAUCCUAAUGAUAAAGAAUUGAUUUCAUUAAUUCCAUUUUUAGAAUAUAUUGCAUCCAUGGAAGUAUCAGAUGUUCGUCCUGUCAUAGCAUCUUAUAAGGGGAAACAUAUUCCUACUGAAUGGGCUCUCAGAGAAAAAAUGUUAAAAGAUAAUAUGAAAAAAGAAUGGGAAGAGCAAAAUAAAAAUAGUAGUUCAUGGGUUUCGUUUUUAUUAAAUGGAACAGCUAAACGUCCUUAUCAAGUUCCUCAAUUAAUAACCGAUCAGCAGAGAGAAAGAGCCCAGCAUGUGUAUGUAGAAUAUCAGCAAUAUUUAAAAGAUCAUGGAGAGGAGAUACUAAAUCAAGAAAAACAAAGAGAACGAGAACAGAUGUCAGCUAUGAAAACAAGUAUAAAUAGAUUGAUAUUUGAAGGAAUUCCAAAACCUUCAGAACAUGCAUAG